CGAGGUACGUAGGUACAUAUGUAUGAAAUACGAUCAAUAAAUUGUUGAGAAUGUUUUAUGUAAAAUAUAUAAUUUAAAAAUAUAAGUUUAAGAAAAUAUUUGACAAAAAACAUUUUCGUAUAUUUGAAACAUUCUUGAAAUAAAUAUUCUAUAUUCAACUGCAUUAAUUUGUGUGUUAUUUUUAAUUUUUGAAAGUAAGUUACUUAGAAUGCAUAUAAAAAUAUAUUAAAUGACAGUCAACAAGGUAAACAAGUAUGAAAGAUUAAACAUGUCUCAUGGCUGGAGGCAGGGACAACAACAAACAAAGUGGAAAUUUAGACAGAAUACAUCAAUGGCUUUAUUGCCAUCAACUUUAUGCUUCUGUCAAGCCUGAACUUCCUUCUAGUGAAACAUUUAAAAAACAUCAACAUAUAGAAAAAAAUCGAAUUGUCACAAAAAGUCUUAAUGAUCUACAAAAUAAUAUUUUGAGCAUACUUACGGACUCUUUAUAUUGUGAUCUUAACAUAAUACAUGGACAUAAUAUAAUAAAAAUAAACCAUUGUAUUGUUAAAAUAAGAGCUCCACACUUUUAUGAAAUUCUCAAGCCUUAUUUUAUAUACAUUAACAAUCAUAUUGAUUGCAUUAUUGAUAAACUGGAAAUUUUUCAUCAUAUAGAAGGUUUUGUGAGGCUUUUAUAUAGUAAUUCUAAUUUUUCAAAAGAAGAACAGUUAUUGGUAGAACAUAUUUUGAGUACUUAUACUUCAAAACUUGUGAAUGCAUCCUCUAAUAAUAAAGUAUUAAACAUCAGUAAAAGAUAUGUAGAUUCUUCAGAUUGUUAUUUAAAAAGUACUGAAACUACAAGAAAUGUGAGAGAAUAUGCUACUGUGGAUGUAAGUCCCACUAUAUCCGAUAUGGCUGAUUCUGGAUUAGAAACAGGUUCUGUAAGUCCACAUGAAAAUACUACAUCUGAGAAUUCAAGUACUGAUUUUGAGGAAUUACAAGUCACAGAAUAUACUUCAGGAAAUGAUGAAUUGGAUAAGAUACGCACUAAACAUUUACACAAUAAGGAUGAAAAAAUAAUCAUAAAAAAUGAACAUUAUAAUUUGACUAAUAAUUAUGAUAAUACAUGCCAUUCAAAGAACUUGGUAAAAUCAGGAUUAAUGGAAUAUGGUUCAAAUAAUAGUGCAACAUGUUGUUCUUUUGAUACAGAACAACCACAAUUAGAUUUCUCUAAUUCAUCUAUGGAUAAUGCUCAAAAAGUAAAAUCAAAUGCGGAUGAAAUCUUUCAAUAUGAAAGUCAAGUACUUAGUGAUCCAUUUUAUGAAUCAGAUGGAAGUGAUGAAAAUGAAUCAUUUGAAUUUGUUAAUCUUGGUAAUGCGUCUUCUGCAAGUAUUGAUAUUGUAAAAAAAAAUUGCACAGAGAAAGAAUCCACAAAAAAGUUACAAGAUGAAAAAAUGUGUCAUUCCACUCAUUCACAAAUUGAAAAUGUACAAUCAGAAAAUAUAAAUCAUGAAAUUUCACAUGACAACCAAAAAAGUUCCUGUAAUACAAGUAAUUACUAUUUUAUUGAUGCAUCGACUCUUAAUGAUGAAAUAGAAAUUCCAACUUCUAAUGUGGUUAAAAAUAAAUGUAAUAAUGAAAAAUUACAAUCUUACAUUUCCUAUUCUUCUAAAUAUGUUGCAAAUACAUCUAUUGAAGAACAAUAUUAUAAAUUUACAUCUUUAAAAACAACUAAUUUGCAAACUGAACAUGAACGAAUAGCAGAAUUUGAAAAAGAAUUGAAACUUACACAAUAUCUUGAACCACAAAAAAUAAAAAGAAUUAAUUCUAUAUCUAAAGAUAAAAUAAAUACUGAAAUAAAUAAAGAAUCUUUAGUUGUAGAAAUUAAAGAAGCAGACAGUGGAGAAAGUGCGCAUCCUUCUCCUUGCCCUGACAAUAAUAAAAAUAUAAAUAACGAUCGACAUGUAUCACAAAUAAAUAAUGAUAAUGAUACAAAUUUGACUAUAGAGACUAAAAAGGAAAUAAUGGAACAAACAAAUGAUAAAGAUGUAAAUUUAGCAGAUAAUAUACAGCAACCUUCUCUUAUUAGAAGAAAUACAUUUGAGCUGGACUCAAAUGAUGAAAAACUUUCAGUUUUACGACAAGAAUAUGAACGACGACAAGGUAAUCUCGUAUUUCAAAAUGCUAUACCUCAAUAUUCAGGACAUCGUGUAGAUGGUGAUUCAUGUUUCAAUCCAUCGGAUGAAUCUUCAAUUCCAAUAAGCAAUGUAUUAAAUAAAUUUUCAAUUGAUGUUCAAAUUCCAACUAGUAGUCAAUAUCAUACCAUGCAAUAUCUUUCGCCAAAUAAUGGAGAAUAUGAAAAUAAUCAAAUAUUAUCAGAGAAUAAUAAUUCUUUAAAAACUAAAACUAAUAUAAGUUAUCCGAUAAUUAAAAGUGCUAGUGAUAAAGUAGUUAAGAAUUAUAAUUCGGAAUUGGAUAAUGAUUCAAGCAAGUGUAGUAAUAGCUUACCUAUUACAUUAGGUUCCAUUAUAGAAAAAGAUAAUAAAAUCGAUAAUAUAAAAAAAACUAAAUGUGAUGAAACUAUGCCUAUUAUUUCUGGCGGUGUAAGCACUUUGGAUUAUUCUAAACCUAGUGAUAGUCCUAUUGUGCGUCGAAAAACAGAAUCUACACCAAUCGUUUCUGGAGGUUCUGUUAUUAUGAAUGAACCUAUAGUAAAAAUAAAACCUACAAAAAUGUCCUCAUCUAUGACUGCAUGGAUCGUUGAUAUGAGCGAUUGUAAUAAAAAUGAAUCUAAACCAUUGAAUACAGGAAUGUCUCAAAGUUUUUCAAAUUCAGAAUGCUUAAAGAAACCAAUAAAAAAAACAAGCCAUGAAAAACAUAAUAGUUUAGGAUUUUUCGUUAAUUUGAAGGAUAUGGAUACAAAAUCUAUUUCACAACAACAAAAUUCAAUAGAAAAGAAAGAACAUAAUGGAUGUAAAUCUUAUUGUGAAUUUUAUGUCGAUAUGUCUAGUACAAAUAAAGUACCAAAAAAUACAAAAUUAGAAUUAGAAGAAGCUAUUGUCAAGCCUGAAAAAUCUAAUGAAAGUGAUAAAAAAAAUAUUUUUUCUAUGUUUAUUGAUUUAAAUGAUACAUCGAAAAACAGGGAAAAUAUGCAAUCCUUACACAGAAGAAGUUUUUCUACAUUUUCCGACAAACAAGAAAUGAAGCUGGAUGAUAUUAAUCCUAGCGAGAAUAAUAUCACAACAAAGGAAGAUCAAUCAUCAAUUGAACAAGGAUGUAUUAAAGAAAAAACUAAACCAAGUGUUUUUAUGUACAUAGAAUCUGAUUCUCCAGUAGUAAGAAGAAGAACCUUAUCUUCAUCGCGGUCAAUGUUUAAACGACAUUCUUGGAAUGUUGAUAAAACACAAAGCGCUAAUAAUAAUGGACAUGUUGCAAAAGAAUUAAUGUUUAGAAAAGAACACAAACGCGCACAUAGUCUAUCCGUAGAUCGGGGAGAUUUAAAAAAGUUACAAGCAAAAACUAAUUUCUCAAAUCAUUCUUUAAAUGACAUGAUAAAAUCAGAUAUUACUCAGGAAAAUUCUAAACUUCUUCGAGAAGGUAAUGAUCCAAAUAAUAUGGAUACAUUUUCAGAAGAUGUUUUCGAGUUUGAUGUAAGAGAUACACCUCCAAAUUCUCACAUUGAAGUGAUCAAUGAAGAACUUCGUGUUAAUAUAAAAGAACAUGAAUAUACAGAAUUGAAAACUGAAAGAACGGCAGAAAAUCUAAAUAUUACCGAUGUUAAAACAUAUGAAGAUGAAUAUUCAGAGACUUCAGCUUGGGAAAAAACAUGUACAGAAAGUACUGAAGGACAAACACGUAAAAGUGAAACAUUUGACAUUAGUAGCGGCAGUGGUCCAUCUCCUGAUAGUGAUAAUCAUGAUUAUGAAUUAUCGGAACUAUUAAACGGAGAAGUAUCAACUAUAAAUCGAACACAAAUAGUUCCUACUGUAGCAGGAAGUAAAAUAUCAGAAACACAUAAGUCUUUAAAUGAAACUAUCAAAAAAAUUGAAAGCGAAUUAGAAAGUUCAGAUUAUGUAAAAUCAAAAAUAACGUAUGAUAAUCAUAAUAUAAUAUCAAAAAAAAAUGAAAAAGUUAUAGAACAUAAUAUGAAAACAUCAACUUCUAAUUUUGUUCGAUUAUCUGAUUUAGACAAAACACCUGUUUCUUCUCAUUCAACGGACAUAUUAACUGUGAAAGAAGAAGGAAAUACUCAUCGUAUGUGUAAUAGUAUUCCAGAAACUUCAUGGAUUGAAAGCAAAUUAAUAAUGUCUAGAACUAAUGGAUCUGUUAGACCACCUCCUAGAAAAUUUACUUCGAUCAUGAGCACUUCCCUUCCAUCUAAACAAAAGUCUCCCCUUGAAGAUUUAACAGGAGAAUAUGAUGGAGAAGGAAUUAUAUCAGAAUCUGAUCUAAGUAGUAUGCAAAGUAGUAUGGGUCGUUCUGGUGCUGAAGGAAGCACAGAGGAAACUGAAACAUCGAGUUUAGCAGGAAGUAGACCAUAUAAUAGAUUGGGAGAAGAUUUAUUAAGAAUGUUUUUAGAAGAAAUUAAUCCAGAUGUUACAAUCGAUGUAGCUGGACGUCGUAUAAGAGCUCACAAGUGCAUAUUGAGUUCUCGAUGUCAAUAUUUUGCAGCAAUCCUUAGUGGAGGAUGGAUUGAAAGUGUAGGAAAUGUUAUUUCUCUGCAAGGAUAUUCUUAUGAUGCAGUACAUUUUGCACUGUGCCACAUAUAUAGUGGAGAAAGUAAUAUACCAGAUUCCAUAAGUAUAGUUGAAUUAGCUACAUUAGCUGAUAUGUUAUGUUUGGAAGGUCUUAAAGAAAUUAUAGGAUAUACACUUAAAGUUAAAUAUUGUCAUUUGUUUCACAAGCCUUGUCAAAUAUGUGCCGUUGGUGUAUUAGAGUGUAUGCCUUUAGCAGCAGCUUAUGGUUUAGAUGAAGUAUAUCGAAAAUCUCUUCGUUGGAUUACAAGACAUUUUGUGCGAAUAUGGCCAUGUAAAGCAUUUGCAACGCUUCCGAAAGAACUUAUGGCAAAAUGUUAUCAUCAACAUAUUGUACACAUGUCCACAGAUAAUGUGCUUCAAACUAUGAUGGAUUGUGAUAAACUGCUUGCAACUUUGCCAAAUGUUCGUUGGGCCGAACCAGUAUUCAGAAUGGUUUCAAAUUUAUUGGAAACAUCUGUGAAAUUUUUAUCAGAUAAUUUCUCAGGAGUUUUAGGAAAUGAAAAUUUUCAGUCCCUUGGACGAGAAUUAACGUGGAACAUCAGUCGAUUGGAAGAUAAUUUCUUAGCAGCAGCUGAACGUUUACCUCCCGAACAAGCAUGUAAAAGUUAUUCAAAAUUGCAUAAAAUGUUAACUUCGGCGCAACAAGAUGAAAUUCAAGAAAAGAUUAAAUGGGGACCGUUAUUUGUUGAUUUUUUGAAAAAAAUUCAAAGUCGAGUAGAAAAAUGUUUAGUUCGAGAUGCAGCACGAGCUGCUAGAACUACUUCGUGGUUAAAAAUGGAUUUGGAACUUCGGCGUAGAAUUCAAGAGUUAGCUUGUCUUGUAAUUUUACCUCAUGAAACAUCGAGACGUCAAUCAAGACAUUCUAACUUCAUAAAAGAACCUAGAUCAGUAUCAAAUCGUUCAACAACUAUAAAUAGAACUUUAGAUUUGAAACGUGUAAAAAUGGUUAUAUCUGAACAUAAUCAUAAGAGUUUAAAACAAACAGUAACUCAACAACAAUCGAAAAAAGUUUUUAACAAACCAAAAAGUGAUCCAUUAGAACGUAAAAUGCAAAACGAUAAACAAAUCACUACAGAUACAAAUAGGCCAAAAUCUUGGCCUAAUAAAUUAGAGGUAAAAUCAAGAUACUUAGAACCUAGGAAUAAAUCUGUUCCAAAAGAAACUACGCAACCAAUACAUCAAGAAAAAACUAUAAUACAACAACGACGAAAAAUAAUGAUUUCAUCUUCAGAUUCAUCUCGUACAUCUAGUCCGGCAAUGAAACGAGCUACUGAUAAAAAAUCAUUAGCUAAAAUAAAAUUACCUAUAAAGAAAGAUGUAAAGGCACUAUCUUCAGAUAGCUUAACAGAAUCUAAUGCCAUUAAAACUAAUACUAAAAAUGAUUCGAUCAGUAAAAGUUGCGGUAUUACUCGUCCAGAAUCUCCAUCUUUUAAACAGAAAAAUACAGAGAUAGGCUUAUCUGUAGAUUCUUUAGCAGAACCGAAGAACAAACCAACAACUAUUAAGAAAAAAACAAAUAAGAUGGAUACUUCAAUAUCUACAGAUAGUCUUAUGACUGAAAUAACAACAACGCCCAAAUCAAAUACCUCAAACAAGCUUUCACCUACUUUAGGAAAAACGAUAAGUAAAACACAAUGUCAUGAUAAAGGAGUAAAAAAGACUUCACCACCAAUGCAACAAAAAAGUCCACUUACAAUAACAAAAAGACCACGAAGAUCAUUAGAAAAUUCAACUGCAGCUAGUAGAAGCCGAGCUGCAGCUAUUAGUGCUUAUCAUUUACGAAGAAAUCUUCUAGAUGCUGCAAAAACGCCAGAUAUUCCAAGUAAGUCAUUAAAUAACAUAGCGUGUAAAACAGUAAGCGCACGACCGCUUACCCAAUCGACAGUUAAUCAUCCUAAUAUAAUGAAAGAAAAGAAAGAAGGAAUGCCAAUGCAGCAAAACUCCGAAAGUCCUAGCAAAAGAUCUUCUCCUAAAUCAUUUGGUACUAAUAAAAUAAAUAAAUCUUUGGUCAUUAAUAAAAGGACAACUAUUGCAAAAACUUCUUGUGAUGAGAAAGUUAAAAAUAAGUGUAAUGGAGAAGUUUCAAAGCAACCAACAGUAGGUUCUAGAUCAGGAACUUUUUUGAAAGAUGAACCCACGAUUCUUAAGAAAGCAGAUAUUAAAUCUUCUCAAAUUAAUAUUUAAAUUUAUGAAACGUUAAGUUUUUUCAUAAAUAUAGCACCGCCAGUUUUACAAUUACACUUAUAAAACUAUUAUCUUUAACCAUAAACGUGAUAACUCCAACCGCGAAAUCGUACUAUAUGUAAAAAUAGAUAUAAUUUUAAUCUAAAGCAAGUUGCAGUUGAUUAAUUAUAAAAAAAAAAAAAUUAAAAUGCAUUUAUUACAUAUAUAGAAAACUGCUAUGAUUCUCUUAUAAUAUUGAAAAUAAUUUUAAAAUGAAAUAUGGUACUAGGAAUAUAUAAGUUAAAGAUUACUUGUUUUUUUAAUUAUUUCUUUUAAUAAUUUUUAAAUUUAAUUAAAAUAUUAUGCAAUUAAAAUAUCGAUAAAAAAUAUCACUUUCAAUCAUAAAUGCAGCUAGCUUAUCCCACCUAAUUUUCAACUAACGUGCGCAUUAAUACAUAGUAUUAAACAUUACAUAUUCAUAGAAUAUAGAUAUAUCAUGGCCAGUUAUACAAUAUAUUUAGAUAGAUUUUUUUUUCACAUUAAAAAGCCAUAUUAUCCAAAAUUGUUUCUUAGAACUAUUUACUAAUUUUAAUAUAUAUUUUUACUAUUUACUAGUUCUAGUAUAUAUGUAAUGUAAUUAUUUCUUACCAUGUAAUGUUGCCAUUUUACUAAUUAAGUCUUAUUGUAAGUAGAAUUUUGUUUAUUCUUAAAUGAUCCUUAUUAAUGAAUUAUAUAGUUAUUGUAUUUAUUUAUUAAAUUUAUAUCUCUAUUUUUUGCAUUGUACAUUUCUAUACAAUAUUUAUAUCUAGUCAUUUAUAUAUUUUAAAUAUUUACUUUUAUGUAAUGUUAAUAAAUAACUCAAUAUAACAUUAAAGAA